AUGCAUCCCGCCAGUUCUCCCACCGGUGGAACUCCCCUGCGGUUUCCCGUGGGAAAUGGCUUGGACGGCCAACCACUUGCAUCGAUUGAAGUUCGAUCAAUCUUUCUUCAACCAUCACUACCUCGGUCAUCGAUUCUUCAUCCCCCACAACCGGAGGUCUUUCCGCAUAACUAUCUGAAUCGCUUUGCACGACUUCGAGCAAUUGGUUAUACAUCCUCAGAAAUGUUCAGACGUCUGGUAACUGUCGCUCCCCGCGUUGGCACCGUGGUGUCGCCUCGCAUCACCCCGGCCCUUUCCGGCAUCCAAAGCCAGCCCAUUCUCCGGGCCCCUGCGACGAAGAGAGGAUAUCAUGAGAAAGAUACGUACUUUGCUUCUUAA